AUGAUGUCCUAUGUGAAGCAGCCUCAGUUCGGAUUAACGCUGCCAGCUCCGGGGAUGGAGCUCCUGCACACCGCCGCCUCCUUCCCUGCAACUCCAAGAAAGCAGCGUAGAGAACGUACUACCUUCACGCGCACUCAGCUGGACAUUUUAGAAGCACUGUUCACAAAGACACGAUACCCAGACAUCUUCAUGAGGGAGGAGGUGGCACUCAAAAUCAACCUGCCUGAGUCCAGAGUACAGGUUUGGUUCAAGAACCGACGCGCCAAAUGCCGUCAACAGCAGCAGCAGCAGUCUAGUGGCCAGCCCAAGCCUCGCCCUCCCAAGAAAAAGGCCACUCCUCCCCCAGAGAUGCCCUCUGAUCCCUCCAACAUCUCCGUGGCCCCACCUCCUCCUCCUCCUCCUCUUCCAACCUUAGGGUCUGCCUCUGUGUCCGUUUGGAGCCCCGCCUCUCUGUCGCCACUCCCUGACCCCCUGUGUAGUUCAGGUACCGCGUGCAUGCAGCGUCCGUAUUCCAUGAGCUAUGGGCCAGUGUCGUCCUCCUAUGGCACAGGCUUUGGCUCGUCGCCAUACUUCGAUUACGGCCCUUACCUGUCACCUGUUACCUCUCAGGGAGCUCUCUCGCCCCUUGCUGUGCCCUCCGUAGGCACCUCGCUGAGUCAAUCACCCUCGCUUGCCUCGCAGGGGUAUGGUGUCUCCGCCUCGCUCGGCUUUGACUGCCUCGACUACAAGGACCAGCAGGCCUGGAAGCUCGGCUUCAGCACCAUCGACUGCCUCGAUCACAAGUUCCAGGUGUUGUAA